CAGUGUAAAUCAUCUAAAUAUUGGAUGAGUAAGCAUGAAACUAAAAGUAAAGAUUUUUUUCUUUUGAGAAAGAAAACCUAAAUUACACAUGAUCUAAUCUAAUAUAUCUGUAAAUGAAUAUUGUACCCGCCAUAGAAUGUCUUGAAAUGAACUGAUAAUACGACUACAAGCUGGCAGGAUUUCUGCUGUUCAGCGGGCACUUUGUUUGCAGUGUUGCUAAGUUCCUGUUUUCUGUUUUUGUUGAAUGUCUUACUGAGCUCAGCCCACUUCCCUUGAUUCUUUUUGUUAAGAAGACUAAAGGCGCUUGUAACCAGGCAGCACUUUUUAUGUGUUGUGUCUGUAAUAAACCCUUGUGCUACUGUCUGCCUCUUUCUCCUGGGGCUACCGCUGUGUUGCGAGUUGAGUUGGAUUUAAUCUUGUGAGUCUCGAGACGUUGACAGGCCUGGCAUUGAGAUUCAAGGUAAGCAGAUACCUCAUUUGUCGGUCGACAAAUCAAAAUGGCUCCAUAUGGUUUGUUGCAUCCGCUGCCCUCAGUCUGCUUUGAAGGAAAAAUCCAAUUCUCUGCAAGUCAAGACCUCCGCCUUGCAAGAAGCAAAUAUUUUAAGCUGCCAGAGACUGAGAUCAAGAGUGACGUGUGGAGCAUCAAGCCGCCGGAUUUCUCCCUGAAGCUGUACAGAUCUCUGUCGGUUCCUCAGGAGAAAGAAAGAAAGACAACUGUAGAAGUCCCACAAACCACUGAAACAAAGAGGAGAACUGGAAUAUUUCUACCUAAUGUUUUAGAUCAGAGUUACAAGAGGAAAGACCAUCCAAAGUUCAUCACAUUGUACAGGCCUCCUGAUCCUCUGGAGACUGAGCUGAUGUUUGUCAGGACGGGAAAGUAUCUUUCUGAACCUUACAAGAACCCAAAACCUCAUAACUUCAGACCGCUUGAUGACGACCUUCCAGACAUAGUAACUACAUAUGAGAGAGAUCCUGGCAACCUGAAUUUAAAAUUAAGGCACUUGGACACAAUGCGGACCAUCAGAUCUGACAUAUACUUCAGUUCAAGGGACACCAAGACAAGGAUGGACACAUAUAAACCUGCAGAGCCCAGAUGGGAUGCGGGGCUCAUCCUCCCUCUGCCGCCCUGGCCUCCAAAAUCAGCCUCCUACACUAGACACCGGCGAAGACGAGCAGCGCACAGUGCCUUCUUGGAUCGAGUGGAAGAGAAGCUCUCAAGAUCCUGGAAAAAUAAAUCAUGAUUCUUUCUUUUCAAAUCUAUAUUUCAUUAGUUUUCUGUGUGUAUAUUCACAUUCUUUCGUUUAAUCUGUUGAGUUUAAAUCAAUAUAAUAUGUGUUGAGAAAGCAUGGAGUCCCAACUAACAGACUGUUUCCAUUAAUUUGUGCAUAAACAGACUUUAUGUUGUUUGAGAUUUGACUGGAAAUCUUUUCAUUACAUUAUUGCGCCCUCUUAUUAUGUGAUGGUGUAAUGACUGGAGAAUUAGUGCCAAAAACUGUUUAUCUCAAACAAUUCGUACGACAUUUGGACGGAUAUCUGACUUAUAACUAUAGGCGACAAAAUAAAACAAAUAACCUCAACGAGAUAAAGCUGUGAUGAUAGAAAAAUACUGUAUAACUGAGUAUGAGCUGAGAAUAUAAGUAAGGAUCACAUCAGUGAUUUUUCAUGUUACCUCAUUUACUACAAUUUACAUGUACUUAUAUAUUACAUCACACAUAAUUACAGCCUUUUUCCCAUUUUCUGAAUCUGUUUUUACUAUCUUCCAGGUAGCUACAUGAUUUCUGUUGUUUCAAUGCAACAUUAAUGAAAUUCAAGACAUUCUUACACCAUCCCAACUGUCAGCGUUAUGUUAUUAAAGCUGAUUUAAACCAAAGAGGACUCAACAGAACUGGCAGAGAUAGCAUGAAACUUGCAGUGACUGGUGUCAUGGAGGACACAGCGCACCACAUUACGAAGCCCACUGGUCCACUGACAGCUGCCUCGUUCAGAACCCCAACAGUUAUAAACACGUGAGGCCUGCACAUGUCUGACGCAUAUCUGUAAUAGCUGCACAUGUGUGUUUAAUGAGACAUGUGUGACUCUGUGCAUAACUCAUGGACUAAAUAUAAAAUGAAAGGAA